AUGGAGGAGCAGCUUCUCGUCCUCGGCGCCGCGGGCGCCGAGAAGAAGGGAGACGACAAGAGCCCGGUGCUGAGCGAGGUGAGGAAGCAGCUGCGCCUCGCCGGGCCUCUGGUCGUCGGCUGCCUCCUGCAGAACGUGGUCCAGAUGAUCUCCGUCAUGUUCGUGGGCCACCUCGGCGAGCUCGCGCUCUCCGGCGCCUCCAUGGCCACCUCCUUCGCCAACGUCACCGGCUUCAGCUUGCUGGCCGGCAUGGCGUGCAGCCUGGACACGCUGUGCGGGCAAGCGUACGGCGCCGGCCAGCACCGCAUGCUGGGCGUGUACAAGCAGCGGGCGAUGCUGGUGCUGUCCCUGGCGAGCGUGCCCGUGGCGGCGCUCUGGGCGUACACGGGCCGGAUCCUGCUCCUCCUCGGGCAGGACCCGGAGAUCGCGGCGGGCGCCGGCGGCUACAUCCGGUGGAUGAUCCCGGCGCUGCUGGCGUACGGCCCGCUGCAGUGCCACGUCCGGUUCCUGCAGACGCAGAACGUGGUGGUGCCCGUGAUGCUCAGCUCCGGCGCCACCGCGCUGAACCACCCGCUGGUGUGCUGGGCGCUGGUGCACGGGCUCCGCAUGGGGAGCAAGGGCGCCGCCCUCGCCAACGCCGUCUCCUUCCUCACCAACCUCUCCAUCCUCGCGCUCUACGUCAGGCUCUCGCCGUCCUGCUCGAGGACCUGGACCGGCUUCUCCCGCGACGCCUUCCGCGGCCUCACCGGGUUCCUCAAGCUCGCCGUGCAGUCCGCCCUCAUGGUCUGCAUGGAGUGGUGGUCGUUCGAGCUGCUGGUGCUGCUCUCGGGUCUGCUCCCCAACCCCAAGCUGGAGACGGCGGUCCUGUCCAUCUGCCUGAACACCAACUCCCUGGCGUUCAUGGCUCCGCUCGGGCUCGGCGGUGCCAUAAGCACGCGCGUGUCGAACGAGCUCGGGGCGGGGCGGCCGGCGGCGGCGCGGCUGGCGGCGCGCGUGGUGAUGCUGCUGGCGCUGGCGGUGGGCGCGUCGGAGGGGCUGGUGAUGCUGUUGGUGCGCAGCGUGUGGGGGUACGCCUACAGCAACGAGGCGGAGGUGGCCGCCUACGUCGCCCGGAUGAUGCCCAUCCUCGCCAUGUCCGUCGUGUUCGACGGCCUCCAGUGCGUCCUCUCAGGUGUUGUCAGGGGCUGCGGGCAGCAGAAGAUGGCCGCCUUCGGCAACCUGGCGGCGUACUACCUCGUCGGCAUCCCGGCGGCAUUCUUCUUCGCCUUCGUCUUCCACGUUGGAGGAAUGGGGCUGUGGUUCGGGAUAUGGUGCGGGCUGGUGGUGCAGAUGCUCUCGCUCCUCGCCAUUUCCGAGUGCGCGACCGACUGGGACAAAGAGGCAGUGAAAGCAAAGGGCAGAGCCUUCACUUCUUCGCUGCCGCAAGAUAUGACAGCAACGUAA